AUGACACCACCAUCGUCUUCGUCUCCAUCUCCCAUCCUACGUCUCCCUCUCGAGCUUCGCCAGCAAAUCUACGCCCACCUCCUCCCGCCGGAGAACGUCUCACACCCUCUGCCGUCCGUAGGCAUAACAUCAGUCUCGCACCGGCCACCCUCAUCGUUCCUGCUCAACAUCCAUGCUCAACUCACAGAUGAGAUCUUAGACUACUUCUAUACCAUCUCAACCUGGAAGCUGGUGUUUUCUCAUGCAUUCAACUUCUUCCGAGUCGAUCCUGAUCUUCGCCGUCUGGAGUCCUCGCCUUCUCUGAACCAGAUUCGGAAGGUGGAAGUCGUAUUCUUCUGUGAUCUUCUCCUGCUGCAGAACUAUCCGAGUUUUGGACUGGAAGCAUUCUGUGCGGAAAUAAAGCGACGAGCAUCCAGAGCUUGCGAUGUGCUAUGCCAGGCGCCGAAACUGAGAACCGUCGUGGUCAGCUGGUGUGAUAGCACCAAUACUGGCAACUGGCAUGAGAAGGCGAAAAUCGUAGAGCCCUUGAAGAAGCUGGGCAGACAAAAGCCGGACUUGAACUUCCGCAUUGGAAAGAUCACCGCCGAGGAUGUAGAUCGCGAGGCUUUUACACAAGCACUACAGAACGUACUUGGCGCAGAGCACCGGUUGGACGAUAGCUACGAUGGCACAGACGAAAGCUCAUCAAACCUGCGGAUGCUAGCAUUCGAUGCACGGCAGGACAGAAUGCUGGCGUCUGGCCAUCCAAACUCUUACUCCAUCUCAGUGAGGGGAAGAAGCGGGUGGAGAGCAGCUCGGCCAGCUCUAGCUGCACCUUUGGAAGUGGACGAGCGAGGUGAUGAAGGCUGAAACCGGUACUCAAUUUUGAUUAAGGAAACGUCUCUGCAUCACUGCAGGCACUGGACUUCGCAGC